AUAUCCGGUCCCUUGAACGUGACGCACUUCCCGUCUUGGAGCAGAACGAGACGACGGGGUAGCAACGUCCAACUAUUUCGAGAAAACGUUUAUUUCCUCUUAAAACUCGACUGUUCAUUAAUUUAAGAUGUCUGGACAAAACGCUCUCAACAUGAAGCAGCCGCCGAUUCAAUCAACGGCCGGGGCUGUACCCAUCCGAAAUGAAAAAGGCGAGAUUUCUAUGGAAAAGGUGAAGGUGAAGCGUUAUGUGUCUGGCAAGCGUCCCGACUACGCUCCCAUGGAGUCCUCUGACGAGGAAGAGGAGGACUUCCAGUACUUGAAGAAAGGCAAAGAUGCCGAGCCAGAGAUGGAAAUGGAGGAGGAGGAUGUGUCUGAUCCUCGUCUAAGGCGUCUGUUGAACCGCGUAUCGGAGGAUGUGGAAGAAAGAUUGGCACGACACAGGCAGAUUGCUGAGCCUGAGCUAGUGGCUGAGAGCAGCGAGGACUCUGAUGAAGGCACCUGGCACCCAGAACGAGAGGAGAGUAGUGAGGAGGAAGAGGAGGAGGAGGAGGUGGAUGAUGAGGAAAUUGAGCGCCGUCGUGCCAUGAUGCGCAACCGUGCUCAGGACAGGAAAAACGAGGAGAUGGAGGUGAUGGAGGUGGAGGAGGAGGGGAAGUCUGGCGAGGAGUCGGAAUCCGAGUCCGAGUACGAGGAGUACACAGACAGCGAGGACGAAGCUGAGCCCCGUCUCAAACCAGUCUUCAUCCGCAAAAAGGACCGCGUGACUGUGGCAGAGCGCGAGGCUGAGGAGCUGAAGCAGAAGGAGCUGGAGGUGGAGGCCAAACGGGUGGCGGAGGAGCGGCGGCGCUACACACUCAAGAUCGUGGAGGAGGAGGCCAAGAAGGAGUUUGAGGAGAACCGCCGCACACUGGCCGCGCUGGACGCCCUGGACACGGACGGCGAGAACGAGGAGGAGGAGUACGAAGCAUGGAAAGUGCGCGAGCUCAAGCGCAUCAAACGCGACCGGGAGGCCAGAGAGCAGAUCGAGAAAGACAAGGCGGAGAUCGAUAGGUUCCACAGCAUGACCGAGGAGGAGCGAAGGGCCGAGCUUCGAAACAACGGCAAGGUCAUCACCAACAAGGCCAGCAAGGGCAAAUACAAGUUCCUGCAGAAGUACUACCACAGAGGAGCCUUCUUCAUGAACGAAGAGGAGGAUGUGUUCAAGAGGGACUUCAGUGCACCUACUUUGGAGGACCAUUUCAACAAGACCAUUCUUCCCAAAGUCAUGCAGGUCAAGAACUUUGGGCGUUCAGGACGCACCAAAUACACUCAUCUGGUGGAUCAGGACACGACGUCGUUCGACUCCGCCUGGGCUCAAGAAAGCGCUCAGAACACAAAGUUCUUUAAACAGAAGGCCGGGGGCGUGAGAGACGUGUUCGACCGUCCCACCGUCCAGAAAAGGAAAACCUAAAUUCCCCAAACUUGCAGCUCAAACAGACUCUUUUUUUCAAACUCAUCUUCCUAUUUGUGCCGCUGCACAGAUGUGUUUGUAUUUCCGUAAGGGGGUAUGGAGUAGUUGUGUAAAUACUGCUCCCCUCCAGAGAGGAUGGAGGAUUUAUCAGGAAUGACAGGGCCACGUUUCCCAACGACGAUCAUAGUUGACUGCUGAACUAAUCGCUUUUGUAUUGGGGUUUUAGUACCUCAGCGCUUGAAACGAAAGUUGGCCCAUUACAUUUUGGGACUUGUACAGUGAGAAAUUUUAAUAGCUACUUACAGCUAUUUUUUUUUGUUCUAUCCAUUUUUUUUGUUUUAAUGUUAGAGUAUGGUUUUUGUAUCAUGCUGUUUAACAUCUUUGUACAAUGUGUUGCUCCAAACUGGUAAUAAAUAAAUUACCCAA